UCCUAUUAAGCAACAACAUGAGAGUAAAUAAAUUUGGGCUGAACUAUUGUUUUAAAUUGACUAGUGAGAGUGUGAAAGGGAGUUUUUCUAAAAGUUCAAUGAGCCCAUAGUUGAAGAAACACUCAUAAACAUACAUACAGAUUUCAAACUUUUGUUCUUUAAAAUUAGUACUUUUUAAUAUAAAUCUUCUAUUGAGGGUCAUGAAAUGAAUGGAUGUGAUUUGUGGAGUUUUUCAGGGGUAUGACAGCAGAUGUGUGUGGGGGAGUGAGGGGUAAUUUUAACUAUGAGCAAGAGCUUUAGAGAGAGAGAGAGGCUGCGCCGUACGGGUGAGCGGCGGGAUCCGUAAGCAGGGCUUUUCUUUGCGUUCGGGGAUCUUGGCUCGAAGCCCAACUGGCGUUUUUGUAAUCAAGGCAUGAUCCGGGACUCCAUGCGCUUCUUCCCCGAGCCGCGUCGGCUGCCUGCCGUUUGGAAGGGUCCCAGAUUUCCCUGCUGACAUGAACAGAGCUGUGAGUGCCACUGUUUCUCAUUCUUCCACUAGCUUUUUCUCACUCCCACUCUUUUGUACACAUCUUUGCUCUUCUCCGGAUCCCGCUCGUUUCUUUUGCAGCAGUCUGGAUGAGGAUGGUAGCUGCAACUAAGCUUGCCGUCAGAUGUGCGUUCGUCUUACGCUCCCCAGAGGAACGAGGCCUGGGUUUGGGCACGAGAGCGUCCGUCAGCUGACAGUUAGAGCCGCUGUGUUGGGCUAUUUGACAUGUGAUCCGUACGGAUGAGAGGGAAGCGCAGGAAGCGGCCGCUGGAAUGUUCCCUGUCCUUUUGCAGCACUGAUGAUUCACGUUGACUCGUGUUGCGCUGGAUUUUCGUCUGUGUUUGUACCUCUGCGAGGUUUGUUUUGGUCCCCUGACAACCGAAGUGUCUAGUCCCACAGAAAUGAUGAUGAUGAUGAAGAAGGAACACAAGGACGCAGAGCUGGAUAAAAAGAUCGAGGCCUUACGGAAGAAAAAUGAAGCACUUAUGAAACGCUACCAGGAAGUGGAGGAGGAUAAGAAGCGGGCGGAGCAGGAAGGGAUGUCACUCCACAGCAGGAAGGGAAAGACUGAUGAUCUGACCAUCACCAUCAACAAGUCCUCCAACGAUCAGCGUGUGGUGACCAAGCGCUCGGGGCCCGGAGGACUGAGAGACGGAGAGCAGGAGAAGAAUCCGGGAUCGAGCGUCUUCAGCAUCGGGAGAGGAAAGAGACGGCAGCUGCUCGUCACAACAUCAGGAAACAUCAAGGGGACGAGGGUGUUCGGUGAAAGAAAGGACAGAAACCGGCCCGUGAGUCCAGCGAGGUUGAAGUCCUGUGCUGAGGAAGAACUGGAGUCCAGCAACACACGAGGAAAACAGCGACCUCAGUCUGCAAAGAGAGUCACGGAGGACGACUCAGAAAAACCAGAUCAAUGGAGUCAAUGUGAGGACUCGUAUGUCGUCCCGGUCACAGAGGCCGUCGCUGACCUGAACCUCGUCACAUCCAAAGAAGAGCAGCUGGAGUAUCUGCGGUGGAAGAAGGAGCGCGAGGAGAUCGACCGCGAGCGCGUGGCCCGACACAAGAACGCCAGAGGCCAGUGGAGGAGAGCCUGGGACAUGGAGAAAACCGAUCUGAUGUUCUCUGAAAAGGAACAUGGAGCAACAUCAAACAGAGGAGGUCGAAACACCAGAAGAGGAAAUAUGAGAGCAGAAGAAUCCAGAGUUCGACAGCAGGCGUCAGACAGGAAGAGGAAGUGUGUUCCAGUGGAGGGCAGUAAAGCGAAGGGUAAAGACCGUCUGACGGGUCGAGCGAGGAGGUGGGAUGCUAAAGAGCAGGAGGAGCAUUUGCAGGUGUAUCCAGAGAGCAGUUUGCAGGAGUUUUUAGAGGAACUCGACGCUCUUUGUGCUCCUGAGGUGGAGAACGUCAAUCCAGAGACUGGCAUUGAAAACACAAAGCCACGUGCAUCUGAAGACUCAUUCAAAACCACCGGAGUCAAGACCCCCGACGGGACGGCAGAGCAGAAUGGACGUGUUUCUACAGAAUCCGCUCUCAAGGCCACCGAGAAAAAGGUCCAGUUUUCUGAAAACCACGACAGGAAUGGCACAGAAAAAACUUCACAGGUCAAGAACGGCCCUCUAGAAAAAGACAGCCGAACACUGGAGCGAGACGACAGCGAAUGUAUCCCGGAGGAGACAAAACCAGCCUCUCCGGAUCGGGAAAACCACGUGGAGAAACUGAAUCCGCUCACUGAAGGAAGUGCAACUGAAGCCGGCGAAGCGUCGUGUCCCAAAGCCGGAGAUGUUCGUAUAUCAGCAGAACCGGACGAGAACCAACCUGUCGAACACAGCAAGAGCUGCUCAAACAGAGGGAACGAAGAACUGAAUGACUCGAGUCUGUCUGUCCUGAAUCUGGAGCCGGCCGAAUCUCUUCCCGACCGCAGCACCAGCGCUGAUAUGGCCAGAGAGAAUGGGAAAGUGGUUUAGAUGGGAAAUGAUAUCACUCACAUCUGGAGCGAAACGUCAUGCACUAAAACCAAAACAAACAGAAGAACGAACAUAUCUCUUGCUAAUGUUUCUGACUGAUUCGGGCCUGUCUGAGUCAUUGCUCACACGACUCUGUGUUCGGAGUAUUUCUGGGAGCGUUUGAGCGUCGUGUUGUUUAUUGGAUGCUGAACGCUGAAAACACUGGUUGUGAUUGUUCUGCUUAGUUUAUCUUCUCGUAGGUGAAAGAUUGUUAAUGCUUCAACGCACAGUUAACCUUCAUCUGAGCCACCAAACCCAAAGCUCCGAUGGUUUUUUGGUGGUUUGGUGGGAUUUCAGUCUGAAAGCACUACAAACGACUUGAAUGUGUAACUUCAUGAAGUUUAGUGGAACAAACCCAUAGACACGGUGUGCAUUUAGACUUAACCAGCACACUAACUGACUAACCUAGUCUAGUACUCUUCAUCAUAACUACAUCAUAAUAUGUCUGACAGAAGCCUUUAUCAUAUUCUUCAUAAGCACAUGUGUCGUGGGGUUUAGUGUGGAUAGUUCACAAGGAUGGUUCAAGUAUGU